GUGAGGCCACAAAGGGAGGCCAACUCCCACCUGGGCUGAGCUAGGAUCUCCAAAGCUCCUUUCAUCCGAGGUCCUCUUGGCCACCAUGGAGUGCCCAGGAAACCAGGGAGAGGAAGAAGGUGGUCUUUGGCCAACCGAGAAGGCGGGAGAAGAAAACGCCGGAAGAGCGGUUGAAGUGGAAGAGGAUAACAGAAGCUGCCAGGCAGCUGCAAGCGAGUCUUCAAACAGCUGGACCAAGGAAGCAUCUUCUGGGGAAAUCCUUGCCAAGGUCACGCCCUCCAAAGAUGGUCUCGUCUGCUACGCGGAAGGACUGACGCAGGACACGUUCAAAAUAUGCAAAGAAUUCUUGAGACCCUAUAAGAGGUGCCUGCGGAAGCUUAACCUGCCCAAAGAUCUUCCCGAGGAGAAGAGGAUGCAUUGCACCCGAAAGAACCUCCUGAUUCUCGGAGAUCACAUCAACGUUUUCCUUCAACAUUACUGCAAGGCGUGGGAGAUGAAGCGCUGGAAGAGGAUGCUGUGGCGCUUCGUCUCCCUCUUCUCCGUACACGACGAAAAGCAGCUGUGGAAGCUGUACCGGUACAGCAAGAACAACCAGGUGGCUAAAUUCCUGAAGACCUAUAUCCGCUUGGAAAAGCCUGCGUCGUCGGCUCUCUCCAAGGACGGCAGCCUAAGGAAAAUGUGCGAGAAGUGGGGUCUCCCCAAAGACCCGUCGGUGCCGGGGAAGCGGAGACAGGGCCAUGCCUUGUAUCUAAGCCGUGACCAGCCUGCAGGAGGUUUCUCGAAGAAGAAGUUCCGAAAGGCUUCUUCAACCACUGGAAGAAGGCAGGAAGAGGCUGAGCUGAUGGACCACCGACCUGCGUCUCCUGCUUUUCCAAGAAGUGAAGGAGCAGAAGUUCCUUCCGUGUCUCAAGAAGUUUCUCCAGAACCUGAUCCUUGAUGGAGUCUACAUGACUAGGAGGAAGAAAAAAAAAAGCUUGAUAGUUUUCAAAGUAGACUUUAAUGGUACCUAGAGCCAAAAAGAUAAAAAUACACGCUUCCUUAAGUAGCAUUUGUGGCAUGUAUAAUUAA